UUCAGAUUAUAAAGUAUACUCCAUGGAUGAUGAUAGGCGGGGAAUGAGGUGUGGCGGACCCGUCCUUAAAAAUCUUCAGGAAGAGGAAAGAAUGACCCACAGUCAGAACGAAUCCGACUCUGGAUACAGUAUAACCAGUGGAUCUCCUAACUCCCAUGAGGGUAUACUGGAUACUGAAGCAGGACCUGAUAUAGGAGAUAUGGACCAAUUUACAGAAGAGGAAUUCAGGCCCGCUACUGAGGUGUUCAGUGGUCAAGAUUUGGAUUUCUUAAACCAACAUGGAUCUGGGUCCAGUACUGUUUCUCAUCUAGCUCGUCAAAGCCUCUACGUGAAGUUUGACCCUUUGAUAGGUGGGCGACCCAGUGUACUAGGUUAGAAUAGAAAGCGAGGAACAGAUGAAGCAAGUUCUAGAAGAAUAUGAAAAAACCAUAUCAGAGCUGAUAGCUGAUAAUAAAGCAGAGAAAACUAAACUAGAGGAGGAGCUAAAGAAGAUCCAGGAAGAGAAGGAUCAGGCUACUGAGGAUCUAUUAGAGGAGCUAAAGAAGAUCCAGGAAGAGAAGGAUCAGGAGGAGCUAAAGAAGAUCCAGGAAGAGAAGGAUCAGGAUGCCGAGAUAGCUAAGCUGACUGCUCGCCUGCGUAAAGCUGAGAUGCAGGCUACUAGGUUGGAGAGGGAGGUGGACAUGAAGGCGAAGGAGAACCAGGAGCUCACCAAUAUAUGUGAUGAACUUAUCAGCAAGGUUGGAUCUUGACACAACACAAGUACAGACAAUCAGGCGCUGAGCGCUCAUCCCUCGAGUUCUCAGGAGUCGUAUAUCAUGCGUUCUAGACCACCUGGUUCUCCGGGAUAUACCAGGAUAUCAGGUCAACCUAGACCUGGUUCUCCUGAUUUUACAAGGAUAUCAGGACAACCUAGAUCUAGAUCCUCCACCUCACGUCCAGUAGAUCCUAGCUCCUCUCCUCUUCAACCCCACCACGUGACCCCCCGGCGUAUCCGUGAUUAUACUAGUGAUCAGGAGAGUAGGGAUAGAAA